GGGUGUGUCCGACGGGCCGCUCCUUGCGGGAUCGAAAGAAGGAUCCGCGCAAUUUGUAAAUUGAAAGAGAAAUUGGGCGGAUCCGACUUGUUUUUAAGGCAUGAAGUGCGGGUGGCCGGGCUUUCACCGGCUCUUAUAAGCUUGGCCAGCUUCUGCAUGCUACAGAAACCUGGUGCUUCCUUCAGCUCUGGAUUUGUUUGCUCACUAAGCAUCAUUUCACGUUGAAGCCAAGAAAUCCGACAGAGUAACUUGGCCAUGAGUUGUGUCAGGCAGGUAUUCCUUUAACACAGUGCCUGGUGCAUGGGGAUGCACAGCAAGCGGGCACACAGCUGUACGUGUAAAGGCAAAGCGUGUGCAUUUUCAUCAUCACAUGUCCCCAAAAUGGAUUACAUAGGCAUUGAAUUCCCGGGAGCUUGAACUGCUCCACCCUCUUGCACGUUGCUCCAAAAUGAUGGGAGGGCUCUCUGGGCUCUGUCUGGUGGUUGUUGGGUGAAGGCUGGCAGUCAUCCUCAGGAAGGCUUGAAGCCUUGCUCACUGUGAUCUUGUAACUUCUAGGGGGAUUGCAUUAUGCUGCGACAGCAGCUCUGCCCUCCUUAUCUUCACAAGAGUUCCCUAGAUUUAGCCCAAAGAGAAGAAGUAAAUGUGUUUCAGCACUCAGGCUAUUUAGCCUGAGGUCCUGCUAAGGUGGAGCAGGGCAUUCACACAUUCAUUUUCUUCUCAUGGAGAGCAAGAACUGUGUUCUGCAGCAGUUGUCCUCCCAUUUCUCAUGUCAGUGUCAUUCUAAAUGGAAAGCAGCUCACCUAUUGUUAAGCAAACUAAAUACAAACACUUAUUCUCAUUUUUCAACAUCACUAUUGCCAAGAUUAGGAUGAGUACAUUUUGGUCUUUGUUUUCUUAGUGCUCAAGGAAGAACAGAGCAGCUGUUUUUUAGUGCUUUGAGCUUGAACUGCACUGAAUGAGGCAACGGAUGCAAUGUGUCCCCAACCAGCACGCACUGUUACUGUCAUGCACUGCUGUGUCCGAAGCCUGACAGCAACCCAAGCACCUGUGGUACAGUGAAGAACUGCAGUGUUUGCUUUGGGCUGGCAUGGAGAUGAAUGAAGUGAGAGGAGGUCCAUAAGCAGCCAAGAUGCCCAUCCGUGUGGAUCAAAUGAUGCAACUGCUUUGCCAUGUUUCUCAGGAGAAGGGAAUGACAGCAGCUGUCAAGCACUCUGGUAGAGGAGCACUCCUGGCAGGUGCAACUGCAUUUGUUGGGGGUUUGGUUGGAGGUCCACCUGGCAUCGCUGUAGGAGGAGCACUUGGUGGACUGCUUGGUGCCUGGAUGUCCAGUGGACAGUUCAAGCCAGUCCCUCAGAUUUUAAUGGAGUUGCCUCCUGCGGAGCAGCAGAAACUCUUUGAUGAAGCCAUCGCAAUAGUCAGGAACCUAGACUGGACUGAUAUCGCUCAGCUGACUGCACUUGUCAUGGGAAGUGGCCAUCUCCAGCAGCAGUUGGCAGGAGUGGUGAUAAAUUACCUCACUAGAGAGCUAAGUGCAGAGAUAAAGUAUGGGGAAUAAAUCUUCCCAGAGUGUGUUUUUAGAUUGUAGUGAAUUUUACUCUGACAGUUGUGAUUCUUCAAUGUAUCAAUUGUUAGUUAGCUUUACUAGUUAUAAAUGUAGGCAGAUCUAAGUAUUACCUUGCUUUUCUUUUUUUUUUAACAGAAGUUAUUACUGGUUUAUUGUAUUAUCCUGUCACUGCCUUGCUGUGUUAUUUGAAGUACUGUAUGGUGGGAUUGAAUUCAAGAUCACUGAAGGGAAUUCUGGUUCUCUUGCCAUAUAAUGUAGCACUGGGUAAAAUUUUCAAAGUCCUUGUAUUUUAUUUAGGAGAUGUAAUCCUGUUUGUUGAAGUGCUUUAAACUUCUUCUGUGUAUAGCAUGAAUGCUGAGGUAUCAAGGGCACUUUGAAGAAUUUUGCCUGGCAUCUGAGUAUUACAAGGGACAGUUGCAAGAAAUUAUUUCUACUGUGAACUCACAAACCUCAAGCCUUGCUUGAUUUUUUGUCACAUUUUUAUUGUAAUUCUUGGGAAUUCAUUUCUGUAAGAAGAGAAGCCAAUAGCUGUUUGGAGGAGCUUAGAAGAGCAGGUAAAAUAGAGUCUAAGGAAUUAGCAGUUCCUGAUAUCCUAGAACUGGAAUGUGUGGCAAGGAGACUGGUUAAAAAAGGGGAGUGAGGAAGAAUGGCAAGUCUGACAUUUUUAUAUGUUUAGGAUAAUCAUUUUAGCAUUCGUUUCUCAACUAAUUCUGAACAUCUGGUCCUCUGUUUUCAUUAAAAUAUUCCUAAGAAGCAUCACAA